UUGUUAUUUUUCGCCUUUAGCACUCAUUAUGUUAGAUUAUCAAACAAAAAUUAAUCAAAAUCGUUUUUAACCAUCGAACAAAAGCCCACACAGUGUAAAUUUAAGAUCAGCUAAAAUUCCCAUUCGACCAAAAGAACGUCAUCAAAAUUUACAGCGUAAGUGCAAUGGCAAUGUCAACAUUUUUGGGCGGCACUCGUCGCAAUCCGCCGGAUCGAUCGAAGAUAAUCAAGGCCAAAAAGCCGGAGGGCAAGCGAGUCACCGGAUCGUCGGGCGGUGAAGGAUCAGGAGGAUCGGGUGUUGGAGCUGUUGGUGGUGCUAAUGGAUCAACAUCCGCAGCCAAGCGCAAUUGUGGACCACUGAGUGGGGCAAGGGCACCCAAGAGGACUACGGCGGUGCCAACCGAAUUAAGCGGUGUCCUGCCCAAAAGAGCAACUGGCGGUGGUGGUGGUCCGACUAGAACACUCCAAACAACGGCCACAUCCACGAUGCGUCGUAGACAAGCACCUCUGGCUUCGGUUCCGGUAAGGAUUCCCGCUCCCCGUCAAAUAAACGAAGUGAAGUGGAUCAUGAUGCCGUCGCCGACAUUCGUCCCGUGCAGCGAGACCUCCUCCUCCGAGGACAACAGCCUGGAACAGGCCAAAAUCAAUGAACAGGAUGUGGAUGUGGAUGUGGAUGUGAAUGUGGAUGUGGAUCUGGAGAGGAGCAGCAGCAGUGGGCGGUUGGAGAAGGUGCACCAGCUGGAGGAUCUGUGCCAGGUGACUCCGGCCAAGACGAAGGUGCGAUGCUCGCGCAUAUUCUGUGUACCCAGCCAGCGAAUCAUGCACGAGGAGGAGCUGCUGCAGGCCCAACUGCGCCAGAUGCAUCCGCGGCGGACGAAGACUUCCAACUGGCCGUCCAGCAGAUUGCCCCCUCAACUGAUCAGUAGUGACUCCAGGAAUCCUCCCACUCUCAGUCGUGUGCCGUCGCAGGAGGAUCUCCUAGAUGCUUCCAAAGCCGAAGCCCUGAUACAACCCGAUGCCAUCGAGGCCACAGGCAUGAUCUCCUCCGCUCCCAGUCCAAACGGCAGUCCAAGUCGCAGUCUGAGUCGCCUUCAGAGUCCAAGGAUGAGCACUAGCCAUACCAGAAGUCCUGGUUCCAGCUCACACCCAGCCACGAAUCCAAGCACCCAGAGCAGUAGUCUCAGCAGUAACAGCAGCAUGCAGGAAGUGCAGAGCGUCAUCCAGCAGGGAAACAAGGCCAUCAAGCUGACCUCGACGGUGAUCAAGAUCAUGCCCACCAAAGUGAAACAGGAAAUUCCCAAGGAGAAGAAGAAGUUGCCAAAGCCGCCACAAGUCAAGAAAGGACAGGCGGUGACUGGCCAAUCAGUAAUAGCGUCCCCAAAGUUCACUCCGCGGGUUCAGGUGAUCAGCCCCAUUAGUCAGUCGGUGAAUUAUGUGGUCAAUCAACUGACGGCUCAAUUGAAAGAGGCCGCAACGAUGCCGUCAAAGGACAGGGAUAAGUCAUCCAAGGGAGAUGCGCAUCAGGUCUGGCCAUCGAAGGUUCCUUCAAGCAGGCCUUCCAUUUAUCUGCUCAUGAAUCAGCCAAAAGAUCAGUCCGCUGAGUCAGCAAACAAAGUGCAGUCCAAAGAUGGAUGGCUUAUCCAACCAAUGGAGCCACCAAAGAAACCAUCUACAAGUUUGCAUAGAGAUCAGCCAAGGAGUCAAGCAGGCAAACAGCAGACGAAUCCUAGCGCACAACCCAGGCAUAAUUUGAGUAGAUAUAUGAAUGAUCCAAGGAACAUGGAAGGAAAUCAAUCUCAAAACCAGUCCACAAGUCCACAGUCGCCCGGUUUGUCAUCUCUAAAUCCAUCAACGAAUCCAUACAUUCCGAGGGCAUCCAAAGCGAAGCGAGCACCUCCAGCUACAUUCGGCCAGUCCGUUUCGGUGAACCGGACCAGCCGGCCGGCCACAUCCAUCGCACGUCCGUAUGUGGCACCACCGCCUCUGCCUCCGCCUCCGGUGGCGCAACCGACGGAUGCCCCAACAACUGGCGGCCGGAUCGUGCGGAAGGAGCAGCACAAGGUGCCGCGCACCAUGGAGGAUGGCAUCGAUACGAGCUACCAGUACUUCGUGUCCAUUCCCCUCAAGCGCGGCAAGAAGCCGCAGGUGGUGCGCUACCUGUACCGUCCGAUGGUGCGCCAACUCAACGCACCCACCACGACGUCGUCCAUGCGUCGCCGCUCCUUGCGGCGGGCGAAGAGGAAGCGAGAGGCAGCUGGCGGAGAUGGGGAGCAGACAGCGGCAGAUGGGAAGGCGCCAGAGAUGGAUCCGACUCUGGGGGCUCUGGGUGGAAUGCCCCUACCGCUGGAGGAUCCACCGAAGGCCAAGGAAACAUUAGUGAUAGACCCGGUGGCAGCGCUCAAUGCGCCGUACGAGGUGCCACCACUCAAGCUGGAGGCCCGUUUCAAGCCCAUGAUGGAGCGGCUGGCUGAGAUGCCGUAUCCCGAGGAUCAACCCCACCAUCAUCGUCGCCGUCGUCGUCGUCGGCGCUCCAAUCGCCUAGCCCGCGCCGCCGGUGGCGACGAACAGUUGGCUCCAACAGAGCAUCACCUGGCCACUGGAGGUGGCGGCGAUGCCAUCAAUGCAAUGAAUGCAAUGCGCUCCACGGGACAGGAGUCGUCCGUGUGGAAGCCCAGUUGCCGCCGGCCAGCGCUGGUCAACUAUCGACCGGAAGCCAAUCGUUUGAGCACAGCCACCGGAGCUCCGAUCUCCUAUCAUCCGCCGGUGCAGUUUAUGGAGGCUGGAGAGGAUGGCUUCAUGCUUCCCGGCGAGCCCAUGAUUCAGGCCAUUACCUACGAUGAUAUUGAGCAGCAGGAGAAGCAGGAGCAGCCGGAGCACCAACUGGAACAGAUUGAUCAACUGCUGCUGGAUCUUUCGCCAGGAAAACGCCAACAGGGAGCCACUGUCGUGGCGAAAUCAGUGAGCUUUCAUCCCGGCGAGGUGACAGUAAGUGAAGCCCCCACCAGGAGGAGCAGCUCCAUCAGCAUCGGCUCCACUUCGAGCAGCUGCUGCGACGGGAGCAAGUCCAAAGGGCGACGGGCCACACGGAAGAGCAAGGUCACGUCCAUGGGAAAGGUCAAAAGUCGCAGGUGAAGGUGAAAAAGUGUGCCCCCGGAAAUUGAUUGAUUGAUCAUUGAUUUACGUAGCCCACUAGAUAAUUGGAUUUUUUUUUUAAUUAUUGAAAAUUUAAAAGAGAAACAAAAUUUUGGUAAAACUCACAUCAUAAUCUUUAAUAGAAAUAGGU